UCCCACGUGCUGCUGUUGUUGAAGUCUUUGUUGUCGGCACCCGUCGCAGCUCAUCGUUUCGGGAUAUCAGUGAUGUUCCACAAUGUGUUGAGUGUGCUGUGACUUCGUAUAUGGUUUUUGAAAUUCGGUCAGACGAGUGACGAGUAGAACGACUCAGUGAUCAGGCCAGAUGAUACCGGGCCUCUGGACGGCCUCGCUCGCCUCCUGUACCAGUGCAGCUGUAUGUGCAUCGUGUGCAUCGUCCUCAAUUGGAUUUAACAACCGCCCACUGCAACAAAACCUUUAGGGUGAGGGGCGAGCGCGCGGACCCCCGCGACCCGGGCGGUUGCUCAAGGUCGUGCUCGAGGCAGUGUUCGAGGCCGAACCCGAGGCCGGCGUCGUCCCCUUAAGGCGAAGGCCCUGCGAACUGCAGACCAGACCACCUGUUGACGGGGUUGACGGUGGCGUUCGCUCUACCGAGCUGCCCGCCCUGCCACGCCCCGCCCCGCUCGCGAGCAGGACCCGCAGCACCCGCAGGAUGAGGCUGCCGGGCCCCGUGGCCCUCGUGGCCCGGGCCGACGUCGGGGUCGGCGUCCUGGCAUUCCUGCUGUACGCCAACACCCUGGGCGCCGGAUUCGUCUACGAUGACAGCCGGGCGGUGCUGCGCAACCCCGACGUGACGGGGUCCUCGCCGUGGCUGUCGGCGUUCGCCAACGACUUCUGGGGGACGCCGCUGACGCAGUCCGGGUCGCACGGCUCCUACCGGCCGCUCACCGUGCUGUCGCUCCGGCUCAACGCCCUGCUGGCCGGCGGCGCGCCCCUCCAGGACGGCGCCUGGGGCUUCCACCUCGGUAACGUCCUCCUCCACGUGAUGGCCUCGCUCCUGGUGCUGCAGCUGGGCCGGCGCCUGCUCACUUCGCCCUGGGCCGCCACCGUGGCGGCGCUGCUGUUCGCCGCGCACCCCGUGCACUGCGAGGCGGUGGCGGGCGUGGUGGGCCGCGCCGACCUGCUUUGCGCCGUGUUCUUCCUGCUGUCGCUGCUGGCCUACCUGCGCUACGUGGACUGGCGCGAGCUGCACCGCUGCCCGCACCCCGCGUCCCGCGGCUCGGUCCGGCCGCCGCCCUCCAGGGACCUCAUUAACGUGGCGCUGGACCGCCUCCUGCACCCGCAGCAGCCCAAGGAGGUCGCGUCCGCGUCCUGCGCCCGCUGCAGCGGCCGAGGCGGGGCGCUGCUGGGAGCCUCGCUGCUGGCCGCCGUCCUGGCCACGCUGAGCAAGGAGCCCGGCGUCACCGUGCUGGGCGUGUGCUUCGUCUACGAGGCCCUCGUCCAGGUGCGGCGCGGCCGGCGGCGCGCCGAACCCGUCCGGCUGGCCGUCCUGGCGGCGGCCGCCGCGGCCCUCGUCGCCAGCCGUCUGUGGGCCAUGGGGCUGCGAGCGCCCAGCUUCGCCGCCGCUGACAACCCCGCGGCGCACAGCCCCUCCGUGCUCACCAGGACGCUCACCUUCCUGCACCUGCCCGUCGUCAACGCCUUGCUACUGCUGUGGCCGCGCCACCUCAGCUUCGACUGGUCCAUGGACGCUGUCCCGCGCGUCGCCUCGGUAUCCGACCCCCGCAACGCGCUCACACUCGUGCUGUACGCCGCGCUGUGGCGGUGCGCGCGCGGGGCGUGGCGGUCGCUGCGGGUGCGGCACGACCCUCUCGACGGCGGCCUCGCGGGGCGAAGCAGGAACCACGGACCGCGGCCCCGCCGGCGGCUCCCGUGCCCAGCGUGCGACCCGGACGCCAACAACAACCACCCCAAGGUGGGCGCCCGCCCAUGCCGCUGCCGGAGGCCGUCGCUUAGGCUCACGGUAUCGGUGGCGGAGGCCGUGCUGGCGGCCCUGGCGCUGCUCGUGCUGCCGCUGCUGCCGGCCUCCAACCUCUUCUUCUACGUCGGCUUCGUCGUGGCCGAGCGCGUCCUCUACCUACCGAGCAUCGGGUUCUGCCUCCUCGUGGCCCUGGGGGCAAGGCGACUCCUCGACGCGCACCCCAACGCGCUCAAGAGUGCCGUUUGCAUCACGCUGCUCGGACUCUCCGCCAGGACCGUCUUGCGGAACCUGGACUGGCAAGAUGAAGUGUCCCUGUACCGGUCUGCCGUCGCCGUCAACCCCCCGAAAGCUUACGGCAACCUGGGCUCGGUGCUGAGCGGGCUCAACAAGCUCACCGAGGCGGAGCACGCGUACCGCAUGGCGCUCAAGCACAGACCCAACAUGGCAGAGGUGCACUACAACCUAGGCAACCUGCUGGCCGCGUCCGAGAAGUACGAGGCCUCCGCGGAGAGCUACAGACGCGCCAUCAAAUACCGCCCCACCCUGGCCCUGGCCUACGUCAACCUGGGCCACAUCCUGGCCAAGCAGGGCCGCGUGCAGGACGCCGGCCAGGUGUUCCGGGAGUGCGCGCUCAUCCCGGCGACGGGGCUCAAGGACCCGGUGGCGCACGAGUCGGCGAGGACCUCGGCGCUGCUGCACCUGGCGCACCUGGAGGUGGGCGUCGGCCGGCUGGCCGAGGCCAAGCAGGCCCUCGACAUGGCCCUGAGGAUCAAGCCGGCCCAGUACGAGUCCAGGCCAAUUUUAAAGCUGAUGGCGGAGGUCGACGGCCACCUCAAGGCCAACCAGACGACUGCUCGCAGGGUCGUCAAGCAGGUCCUCGUGGAGGGAGGUGAGGUCCUCGAGCAGGCCGCGCGCGUCCCGACGACCUUGGGCACGACCGCCAACACGGACGCUGCGGCCACUCCGCUCAACGAGAGCCGCUGCGCUACUACCGACAGCCGCAGACUGCUGAGCCACUCGUGAAUCGACUCCGCGACUGGUCAUAGGUGUCUUCCAGUCAGACUGAUGUACAGAAUAUUGUUGUUUAUUAUUACGAUUCUAUAUGGCCUUGAUAUUGCUUGUUUUCGUUACUACCAAACUCUUAAAGAGCUGGAUAUUUUUGUUGUUUUCUUAUUAUGCUGUUACCAAAGAAUGACCUAGAUAGGGCAAGAGUCGAGGGAGAAAACGAUCGGUAACGUCCGCCUUGGCGCCAAAGUUGACCUACUUUUUUGUAUAUACAAUUUUCAAGUCAAUUUUAUAUUGUGACUCAAUCUAAAAUUCCGAGUUAAAAUCUUGGUCACAAUUCAUCAAGUUGAAUCAAAUGAAAAACAGAAAAACACGUAAGAGAUAGCGUCAAGGCGCACGUUACCGCUCCCGCUUCUUAUAAAAUAAUAUGUAUGAAAUCUACAUAUCUGUAAGCUUCUGUUAAAAACGAAAAGUGAUGAACGCUUCCUGAUGUUCGGACCAACGCUGAGAACUGUGCUGCAGCUUUCCAUGCCAAAAUUCUGGAGUUCCAUUACAAACGCCAAUUUGUGGCUUCUAGGUAUUCCAAAUUUUGACAUGCAAAGUGACUUCAAAGUUUUCAGGGAAAAAGAGUUAUUAUAGUGGACAUGGAAAUGAAACGUUAAGAUAUUUGUGAUCACUACCUAUAUUGUAAAAUAAGCGAAUGUGUAAUUAUUCAAUGUUGCUGUACCGAAAUGAAAAAUAUUGGUACUUAUUUUUUAUUAAUGUCAGGAAACCAUUAAACUGACUUAUUUAUCUAAAA